CUCUUUCAACAUACCAAGCGCAAGCUGCAAUUUUUUAAAUCAGGAAAUGAUGAGCGAGCAGAGCAUGGCCAUCACCCAUCUGGCGCGCUAUCUUCAUCCUCCAACCGCGGUUGUAUCGCCAAAGUAGCAUCAGCGCAGAACACGCCUGCAUCGGAUUAUAUUAUUCGUUCAACUUCCUCUUGCAGCCAGUCCACGCCUACAAUGGUAUCACCUCGAAGCUCAUCAAUUUAUGCACAAACAAAAAAAGAGGAUGAUUUACCACCAGCAUAUACUUGCACAUUGUUCAAGAUGGAUUAUAUCCACGUGAAGAAAGAACUGGACAAUUCAACCACACAGUCAAAAGAUCGAUCAUGGAGAAAAUUAUAUGUCGAAUUGCAAGGAACUCUGCUCAGCAUGUAUCACCGUCAAGGUGAUGCGACACCUUUGACCCAGCAUUCCAUGCAAAACGCAGACUCAGGGCUGGCUCCCGAAUAUAGCAAGUAUCCACAUGUGCUACGAUUACGGCUGCAAACGGGCGAACAAUUUCUGUUGAGAGCUCGUAGCUGUAUUGAGAUGGUAUCAUGGAUCGAACAUUUCCAGGCUUCCAACAAUAUCAGUAUCGAUCUGGAUCGACGGAAAAUGCCACGAUUUCUUACUUUACCUCGAUCGACUCAUCACAGCGGAUUAGCCACUGUUUCCGUAAAUGUAGGAAAUAAGACCGUAGUGUCUGUCUGCAGAACAAGUAUGUAUCAGCAACCCGACCGUCGGCCUAGCUUCCGUACACUACGAGAUAGGAAUCUGCCUUGAAAGCUCCAUACAUGCUGUGAAAUAAAUCAUGAACUCAUUGCAUUAUGUACCUAUUACACACUUAUCAGCUAAAAAUUAUGGCAUUGAAGUUUCCUGUUUUAUUGCUUAAAUCUAAUCUAUCAAAACAAGUCAGGAAAGC